AUGGCUUCAAAAAUAGAGGUGGCAAUCUUCAAUGGCAAAGGAAAUUUCCUACUGUGGAGGAAAAAGAUGAAAGUGGUUCUUGUUCUGAUGAAUGUUGCAAAAGGGAUAUAUGGAUCCUUUCCAGCAGUUCUUCCAGAAGACAAGAAGUUGGAGAUUGAUGAGAUCGCUUUGAGCACAAUCAUCCUCCAUCUAUAUGACAAUGUUCUCAGGAAGGUUGAUGAUGUAAUAACAACUUCUGAGAUAUGGUAUAAGCUUGAGCAACUCUAUUUGAUGAGAGAUGUUAAGAAUGCCAUUAAGUAUGGUCAUGACUCUCUAUCUUUAGAUAUGGUAAUUAGUUCUUUAAAAUCUAAAGACAUAGAGAUAAAGUUUGAGUCAAAGAGUGAAGGGCUUAGUGCUCGAGGCAGGAGUUUCACUAGGAAUUCUGGAAGUACUGACAUUAAAGGCAAGAAUCGUGAUCAUUCUAGAUGUACGUCUAGAAAUAAAGGUCAAAAGUAUUACUACUAUAAGAAGGAAGGUCACAUGAUGAUUGUUAUAAGAAAAAGAAAGAUGAUAAAGUCUUAUAAGAAAUAUGAGGGAGGACAGGUUCUUCUAGGAGAUGACCACUCUUGUCAAAUGGUUGGAAUUGGUAAUGUUCAGUUCAAACUGUAUAAUGGUACUGUCAGGACUCUUAGUUCAGUGAGAUAUGUUUCUGGUUUAAGGAGAAAUUUAAUCUCCCUUAAUAUGCUCGAUGAUGCAGGAUAUACUUCUAAAACUGAGAAUGGAAAAAUGAAAAUAUCAAAAGGUUCUUUUGUUGCAUUAAAAUGUGUUAAGAAAAAUGGUCUUUAUGUUUUACUUAGUGGAGUUGUUUUUAAUUCCUGUAAUGCUUCUGUUCAUACUCCUGUUGAUAAUACUAUGUUAGCGCAUAAUAGAUUAGGACAUAUAAGUGAAAAUGGCUUGUAUUAUUUGAAUAAGUAG